AUGUGGCUCUUCCGCGACGAACCCCCUCCACCCUCUCCGCCCGCUCCCUCCGCGCCCACACCGGACCCUCCCACGACGGUGUCCUCCGCCUGCGCUCCUCCUCCGGCAGAGCGGGCGGACGCCAUUGACGCGCCGCAGCCGCCUCAGUCGCUUCCCGUGCUCGGCGUGCUGUGCGUUGACCACGGCGGCGCGGCGACGGCGACGACAUGCGGCUCCGCCGGCUUCAUCCUCGCCUACACCAACACCGGCGUCACCGACUCUGCGCUGCACGCCGUCCGGUCGUCGCGCGAGGGCAGCCGCGAGCGAGAGAAGCGCUCCGCCGGCGUGCGGGCGAAGCUGCGCGCGGCGGUCGAGUCGCUGCAGGCCGCGCACGGCGACGCUCUCCUCGGCAUCGCGCGACGAUGCCUCUUCGCGCGGCUGCAGGCGAGGGCCAACGCCGAGGGUGGGGGGGCGGCGCGCUGA